AGCAUCCCUUCCAAGAGCCCGAGACCUUCUCCAGGGUUCCUCCUCCUCCUGUGUGUUUAUCUCUCGACGGGACCGCCGAAAGGCACCACAACCACCGCGGUUCACGUCGACUCUCUUAUGCGGUCUCCAAAACCAAGACGACGUUGCAUCUGUCCUACCAAGUGCCAUGGCUAGAAAGACGGACACCCCCUCCUCUUACUAUGGUGAGCCGCGCAAGUUUGACCCAAACUUCAGAGGGCCGGUUCAUAACAGGAGCUGCACUGAUGUGGUUUGCUGUGUUAUCUUCAUCGUUGUCAUCCUUGGCUACAUCGCUCUGGGCACUGUGGCCUGGAUCCAUGGCGACCCCAGGAAGGUCGUCUAUCCAACCGACAGCCACGGCCAGUUCUGUGGCCAACAGAACACCCCCAAUGCAAACAAAGCCAUAUUAUUCUACUUCAACCUGUUGAAAUGUGCCAAUCCUGCAGUUUUGAUUAACCUCCAGUGCCCUACAACCCAGCUCUGCGUCUCCAAGUGCCCUGACAGGUUUUCAACUCUACUGGAUGCAAGGAAUACCAAAACCUGGGAAUACUACAAGCAAUUCUGCAAGCCGGGCUUUGAGAUUGGCAGUAAGUCAGUUGCAGAAGUCAUACGCGAUGAAGACUGCCCAUCUAUGAUCGUGCCAAGCCGACCCUUCCUUCAGCGGUGCUUCCCUGAUUUCAUUACAAGAAAUGGAAUUUUAACUGUAGCCAAUCAGACCAUCUUCAAAGACGGUGACAAUAACAGGAGAAGUGUCAACGACCUCAAAGAUGCUGCCAAAGGUAUCUCCAGUCUGCUGAAUGCCAAAGAAGUUGGCAUGAAGAUCUUUGAGGAUUAUGCAAAUUCCUGGGACUGGAUCCUCGUUGGUCUGGUGAUAACCAUGGUGGUCAGUCUGGUCUUCAUCCUGCUGCUGCGCUACACUGCUGGUGUGCUCCUGUGGCUCAUCAUCGUUGGUGUCAUCACUGCGGUCGGCUUCGGUAUCUGGCACUGCUACUGGGAGUACAGCACUCUGAGCGGGAGGCCAGGUGCUAAUGUUACCAUCUCUGAUAUCGGCUUCCACACAGACUUCAGCAUUUAUCUUCAGCUCAGCCAAACGUGGCUCGUCUUCAUGAUCUCUCUUUCUGUGAUUGAGGCCAUCGUUGUGGUUAUGCUGAUAUUUCUGAGGACGAGGCUGCGCAUCGCCAUUGCUUUACUGAAAGAGGGAAGCAAGGCCAUCAGCUACAUCAUGUCCACUCUCUUCUACCCCAUCAUCACCUUUUUCCUUCUGGCCAUCUGCAUCGCCUACUGGGCCGUCACAGCAGUCUUCUUAGCAUCAUCGGGUAAUGCAGUGUACAAGGUCACACCUGCUGAUGAAAACUGCAAGUAUGCCAACCUCACAUGCAGUCCAAAGACCUUCAGUCAGUCCAACAUCACCAAAGCGUGCCCCGGGUCACAGUGCUUGUUUGCCUUCUACGGUGGGGAAAGUGUGUACCACCGCUACAUCCUGGUCCUCCACCUGUGUAACCUGUUUGUGUUCCUCUGGCUGGUCAACUUUACCAUCGCGCUGGGCCAGUGCACCCUGGCCGGGGCCUUCGCAUCCUAUUACUGGGCCCUGAAGAAGCCGAAGGACAUCCCUACAUGCCCCCUCUACUCCUCUUUUAGCCGAGCCAUACGUUACCACACAGGUUCUCUUGCCUUCGGUUCUCUGAUCCUCACUGUGGUGCAGAUGAUCCGAAUUGUUUUCGAGUACCUUGACCACAAACUGAAAGGUUCCCAAAACGCAUGUACUCGGUUCGUGAUUUGCUGCCUCAAAUGCUGCUUCUGGUGCCUGGAACAUUUCAUCAGGUUUAUAAACAGAAACGCAUACAUUAUGAUAGCAAUAUAUGGAAAGAACUUCUGCACCUCUUCCAAGGAUGCUUUCUUCCUCUUGAUGAGGAACGUUAUUCGGGUGGCUGUCCUGGACAAGGUGACAGACUUUCUGCUCUUCUUGGGGAAACUGCUUAUUUCAGGAAGUGUUGGUGUUCUUGCAUUUUUCUUCUUCACACGUAAAAUACCAAUCAUUCAACAGGAGGUGCCGUCCCUAAAUUACUCCUGGGUCCCCCUUCUGACGGUGAUAUUUGGAUCCUACAUGAUUGCACAUGGCUUUUUUAACGUCUACGCGAUGUGUGUGGACACGUUGUUCCUCUGCUUUUUGUGGGACCUGGAGGCGAACGACGGCUCUCCCGACCGGCCCUUCUACAUGAGCCAAACCUUGAAGCGUAUCCUCAACAAGAGAAACCUUCAGCCGGCCGGCAAGAAAAACUGAAAAGACCAAAGGUGGGGGAAGCAGAACAACUCAAGGUCAUUUACCAAAGCGUGGUACAAGCCCAUGUGGCAGUAAGCAUUUUGCCAAAUGUAAUUUAAGUGUACACGAGUUGCAAAUGUACACUAUAAUGGACAAACUUACUUUAAUAAUUAGAUUCACCCACAUACUAAUGAUUUAUGGACUUGAUAUAUGGUUGGUAUUCAUAGCUAAAUCAGUUUGUAUACAAAGUAUUUUUAUUGGAUGGUGUAAAAUGUCACGCCAAGUUCUUGUUAAUAUAUUUUUUCAUGUCAUAGUUAUAACAGAUAUAUAUAUUUAUAUGCAUACUUUUUUACAGCCGCAGUCAUAGUUCACUCGUUCCUAUUGGAAUGAGUGAUUUCUUUCUUUAUUGAGAUUGUGGUAAAUGUCAGCUGUUUUUUUUUUUUUUUUUUACAUGUAAUAUCUUGUAGUUGCCGGUUUUCACCACUUAGUGGCGCUAGUCAUUACCAGAAGUCAUAAGUGUGCUGUUGUUGAGGUGUGAAUGCAACUGCUGAUUGAACUAGUUUUUCCAUGAAAUGGUCAAACAUCAGCUCACCUCUGUAAUGUGUUACCACAUUUUGUGACCUCAUAUUGUCUCACACUGAGAAACAUAUUUGCGUCCGCUGUGUUCAUAUUUAACUGCCAAGGACAUAAUGGUACAGCAGUUCAAAGUGCUUCACUCUUCAAGUGCCUUUUUCUUAGAAAUUCCUCAUUGAGUGUCUAAUUGCAUCCUGCAGCUACAUAAUUUACAUUUGAAGAUGCUUUUAAUUUUUGACAUUUUUAUAGAACUUGUUAAGAGGAUAAUCUGUAGCCUGUGGUGGCUUUUCCAGAUGUUAGGGCUACGAAUGAAGGUGAAGUAGAAGGAAUGUUCUGUGUUUGGUGGUUUGGAAGCAAGUCACAUAACCAUAAAGUCACAAGUUUUAUUCUCAGCUACAGUUUGUGAAUCCAACCAGCAAAGAAAACACCCUUGACGUGUUACUCAUGCUUACCAUUACAUUGAGUGCUCUUAAAGUUAUACUCUCCCAAAAAUGUAUCUUUUCAGUAUCAAAGAGUCACCUCCUUUUUAAAGGUGGCGAAUUUUGAUAGAACUAAAAUUACGCUUAGAGCAUAAUCCACGUUUCUGCAGUCCCUUUGUAUGUUUGUACCAAUAAUACGGUUAAAUAUGAGGCUUCUUUACUCGGUCAGCUGUGAUGAAGGAAAGCAACAUCUGGCAAAAAAUAUACAACUGACUGCAUGAGCUAAAAACAAGCAUUUCAUUUAGCCAUUCAAACAAAUAAAUAAGGGUCUUCAAAGCAGAGACGUUUGUCUAAGCUGCAAUAGAGUUUGAGAUGUUUCUAUGAUCAUUUUCAUAUUUAUUACCCAGCAUAAACAACCUCUGUGCUCCCUUUGAAGGAAGAAGCUUCAGUCUUUGCUUCUGCCAAGAUAAAUCUUUGAAGAGUAUAACCUUAAUUCUGAAGAUUAUUGAACAAAUAACACCAACAUUUUCUCGUUGAAUUCAUAAACUUCAUUUUAAACAGUGUUAAAUUGUUUCAUCGCUAUGGCUCAUCGUGUUGAUCCAAAGUGGGGCUGGUCCUGGAAGGUAUUGUUGAGUUACUAAAGUAUUAGUCGUCCAGAACCUUUUCUGUUCCUUAGAUAAAAAAAAAUGUUUUCAUUAACCAUUUAACAUUGUUGCUUUCUAACGUUAAAGCACAUUUCUGGCUUCAGACAGAGCAUACAUGCAAACAACUGACGUCAGUGUGAAUGUUUGUAUUACUGGUGAGCCAGUAGUGUGGAAGAUGCGGCAUCUUUUGAUUUAUUGAUGCAAUCCUGUGGGUUAUCUUUUGUCCUUCAUUCAAAAUCUAGGAAACUGAUGAAAUAAUUGAGUGACACAGCUGCUGGCAGUUUCACAAACGGUGUCCUUGUGCUUCACAGACAUUAAACUUCUGGUGAUGUCUUCCUUUUACCUAAAUGGAUCCAUGCAUCACUUGAAAUGAUGUUCGCUUUUUAGAUCUGCGAGAUGUGACUCAUGCUUGUGAGUCUUUGUGUCGUGUUUGUCCAACCUGAGAACGAGCCCUCAUGGUGCCUCAGAGUGACAGCACUGCCAGGCGAACACACCUUCUGCCGCCGUUUGAGCUGAACACGCCGGGACACGUACAACGUAACCAUUCAGCAAAAACCAAAACAACUCUGGUUAUGUAUCUGAAAGGAGAGAAAUGAUGCAUGUAGCUCUCGCUGUGGCAUAUUACGAGUGGGUUUCACAUCUUAUUUACAUCUUUUUUUUAUACUGAAUAGCUACGCCAGUUAAAUUGUGUAUCUUUAUGUUCACGCUGCUCAGGUUUUAGUUUCAUUCCAAUGAGGGUGGAUACCUGAGAUCUGAUAAGUGAAGUAAAAACAGUUUUCAUAUUGCCUCCCCCCCCUCCUCUCUCGCAUGUCUGGAAAUUAGAUUCUUUUGGUCAACCACAGUCAACAAGUAGACACAAGUAAAUCUGCUCUCCUCGUUAGAAUGUGCGUCAGUUUUCUCACCGCAAACUCUUAAAAGUUAAGUUCUAAAGAUGCAGUGCUCAAACCUGUCGAUGCCCCAAUCCGUUUUAUUUAUUGAGGUUUAUUUGUGCAGAAAGCUGGCAGUAUAAAGGCCUCUGUUAUAUCUUUAUUUAUAUAUUAGAGUUUGAAUGUGUUUUUAACAGAAUCUAUUGCCUUUAAAUAGUAAAUGUUUUGUUACUUCUGUUUUUUAUCAAUAAAUAU